AUGAAGUACGAAACGGUAGUAAAAUUAUGCUGCUAUUUUGGCAGCGUCCUGCUUGUGACCAUUAAUUACAGCGGUAGAAUAAAAGACGGGGCCCAACAGGGCCGAUGUUCAGACGGGGUAGAGGAGCAGACAACCGCACCGCAGCCUUGGCCUAGAGCAGGAGAAGUAACAGAGGAUUUUAAGUCAAGGAGUUACCUAGAAACGUUUGGGUACCUGAAGAAGGGUCGGCCGGAGGUCGGUAACCUGCAACUCAUGAACAACGAACACGAGUACGAAGACGACUACAGGAUCGCCAUCAAAACGUUACAAGAAUUCGGUGGUAUACCAGUGACGGGUGAGAUCGACAAGGCGACAUUGAUGCUGAUGAAGCAGAAGCGAUGCGGACGACCAGACAGAGAAGAGGAUGAUGACGAGCACAGGAGAAAGAAACGGUUCGCAGUCCAGGGAGAGAAGUGGAAGUACACCAACCUGACUUGGAGUAAUAAGUACAAGCGUCAUAUUGCGGACUAUGAGUCCCGCAGUAUUUUUGGACAAACCUAUGAAGGUUCGUACAUAAUUGAUUCAACUUUAUUUUUCGUACCAGUAGCAAAGGUUGCAAUGAAGUGCGGAAUCAGAUGCAAGCGAACGCGACUGGGUGCAAAAUGCAAAUUCACCGGCCGCACCGCGCCGCGCCGCGCCGCCCUAACAACACAGAACAGGCGGACGUAA